AUGUGGUUGUGUAUGUGGCGUUUUGUAAAACAGAUCGAAUUAAAAUCAGAGGAUUUACCUCGAGUGAGAGAAAUGGAAUGCGGUAACGACGUAGGAGCAUCGGAAGAGUGA